AAAAUGACGUGUUUCCGGUCUGUUAUUAAAUGGCGGGUAAAUUGUGAGAGAGCAGCCGUUAUUGUCGCCACAAAGAAAAACAGGCUUAUGAACUUCACCACGUCCCCGACAAUCGGUCGACAGAGUUAAUGGCGUCUAAAAGAGGCGCUCUCAUUGUCCUGGAGGGGGUGGACAGAGCCGGGAAGACGACACAGUGCAAGAAGCUGGUUCAGGCGCUGCAGCAGAGCGGCCGUCCGGCGGAGAUGAUGAGGUUUCCGGACAGGAGCACAACCAUCGGGCAGCUUAUCAGCGCCUACCUGGAGAAGAAGAGUGACCUGGAGGACCACACGGUGCACCUACUGUUCUCUGCGAACCGCUGGGAGCUGGUGCCUGUAAUGAAGAAGAAGCUGGAGCAGGGCAUCACUCUGGUGGUGGACCGGUACGCCUUCUCCGGAGUCGCCUUCACCAGUGCCAAGCCGGGCUUCUGUCUGGACUGGUGCAAGAGACCCGACGUGGGCCUGCCCAAGCCCGACCUGGUCAUGUUCCUGCAGCUGAACCCGGCUGAGGCCGCACUUCGAGGUCAGUUCGGCAACGAACGAUACGAAACGAGCGCUUUCCAGAAAUCGGUGCAGGAGAAGUUUGAGCAGCUCAUGAAGGAUCCGUCGGUCAACUGGAAGGUCAUUGAUGCCUCCCAGAACGUUGAAGGAGUUCACGCCGACAUCAGAACACACAGCCUCAACGCCAUCAAUGAAACCCAGAACAUGCCUCUAGGGGAGCUGUGGAAGUGAGCCUAAGCAGGCCACGAAGAAACCAUGGCAACAGAAUGAUACGGCGGCAUACAAGGACCAUUGUAGAGAAAGUUUCUAAAACAAUAAGUAAAUAAAUACAUUUUUCAUUUAUCUCAGAAACUUUCUAGAAAUUUCUAAAGUGGAAAAUAUUUCCACUUUAGAAACUCCAAAAAUUUCCAAAACAGGAAAAUGUUUGACUAUUUCCAAUUGUGUUCUAGAAAUGAGAUUUUGUUUUCCUGCAAUUUUCUUUACUUUCUGAACUCAGAAAUUUAUUUUUAAGUUUCUGAGAAGUUUUUUUUGC